CUUUUCGGGCGCCGCGAGAAAUAAGAACUUGCCGACUGGCCUCUUGGUGAGGCGAAGCCCGGAAGCGUUGCGACUUGCCCUUUCAAUUUCGCACAAACGCGUUUCCUCUGCUCUAUCCUCAAGUUAAGGAAACCAGUCUUAGGCAUACAGACAUGCACACAUGGUUGCCAGCGCGCUUAAAAUGCGCUCGCGUCGGGCCAGGCCGCUCGCGCAGCAGCUGCUCGUCGAACCCUGGCGUUCAGCGGAGUAGCUGCCGGCUGCCUAAGCGGCUGCAGCAAGUGGAGACGUGCGUUUACCUGGACGACCGGCCUGCGGCCGCAACUCCUUUGCAGUCCUUGGCUGCGACCAAGACGGUCGACUAUGACCGCUUUUCGUGGACUCCUGGUCAAACGCGAGACCUGGCCUUCACGGAUGUCAUUGGAGUGCCUAAUCCUACAGUGGCCUACGAGCUAGUACAGGGCUCGCAGGCGUUCUGGGACGGCCCCGGCGCCUCCGGGGCCUCAACCGCUCCCCCCACUGCGGUGCUGGUGCACGGCAUUCUGGGCCACCGCGGUAACCUGCGCAGCUUCGCGGACCUGCUGGUGCAGCGCAACCCCAGCUGGCAGGUGCUUUUGGUGGACCUGCGCUGCCACGGCGAGUCUGCGGCUCUGCCCGGCCGGCCUGAGGCGCCGCACAGCGUGGCCUCCGCCGCCACCGACAUCCUGGCGCUGCUGCGGCAGCUCAAGCUCUUCCCGCGCGUGCUCAUCGGCCACUCCUUUGGCGGCAAGGUGGUCAUGAGCAUGGUGGCGCAGUUCCCCGCCCGACUGCCGCGGCCGGUGCAGGUGUGGGUGCUGGACUGCCUUCCCGGCGAGGUGCGCCCCGCGGCCGGCUCCACGCUGACGCGCUCGGCGGGCGACGACCCGGAGCGGCUCAUCGCGCUGCUGCGCUCCAUACCCACGCCCGUGGUCAGCCGGCAGGCGGUGGUGGACACAGUGCUGAGGGCGGGCUUCACCAUGCCCAUCGCGCGCUGGGUGGUGACCAACCUGCGCCGUGUGACCGCCCAGCCCGCCGCCGGCUCCUCGGUGUCCAACAAUGGCGGCGGCUACACCUACUACGGCGGCAACGGCGCGGAGGGCGGCGGCGUGAGCUGGACCUUCGACCUCAACGGCGUGGCGGAGCUGUACAGGUCGUACCUGGACACGCAGCUGUGGGACGUGAUCGAGCACCCGCCGCAGGGGCUGCAGCUCGACUUCGUCAAGGCGGAGCGCUCGGCCUACAGCUGGCAGGGCGACGAGGCCGCCAUACGCGGCUCCGGCCACAACGUGCACCUGCUGCCCAACAGCGGACACUGGGUGUCCACCGACAACCCGGACGGGCUGUACGAGCUGCUGGCCGCCAGCCUGCACCUGGCGCCCUCGCUGGCCAGCAGGCGACAGGCCGCGGAGCAGCGCCAGGCGGCGGAGCGGGCAGCGGCGGCGGCGGAGCGACACCACCCGCACCCGCCGCCCGUGCACGCCUACACGCUGCAGCCGCACGAGGAGGCGGCGGGCGACGAGAUCAGCGCCUACGCGGACUGAGCGAGGCGGCAGCAGCGGGGGUUCGUGGCCGGUGUGCGCUGCUGUUACGGGUGCUGGUGACUGGUGCGGCUGCUGCCCAGCAUGUAUGGCCUGGCGGCAGUCUCCCGUGGAAGGAGGUGGCGUCGGUGACUGGUGCGCUGGAGGCCGACAGGGCGGUGUUGUGUGGGGCACAGCGCGCUGGUGGCGGCGCCUGGGGUUGGGCCUGGGCCUGGGGAGGGCAGUAGCAGGGUCAGGAGCAGCUGGGUGCACUGCGCAUUGCCGCGAGGGGGGCGGCAAUGAGGGGGUGGGGCGGCGUCCGGCCUUGUUGCAGCCGUGCUGCUGUCGUGACCAGCAGCAGCGGAGACGGCAGGAGCAGCCGCCUACAGCGAGCAGCAGGGGGCAUAAGGGUUGUGGUUGUGGUUGUGUGUGACCUGUGAGGGUUGCGGCCUGAGGUGGGCUGGGGCGCAGCUGGCCAGCGCCUUAGGGGUUGGCGGGGGGUUUGCUGAGGCACACCGAUUUUGAAGGCAAACGUGCCGGCGGCAACACUUUGGUUGCGUUGGGUUGGUCUUUAUGAAAGGCUGCGUCAGAUGGCGUGGGGCACUGGGGUUGGAACUGGUGAUCGUAGGCCCUGCAUGGGGACCGCUUGGCUCUUGUGAUUCUUUCGCCCGACAAGGGGCUUGCUGUGUACCGUAUUGGCGACGAAUGGUCGUGUUAGCUGUGUGGGCCUGCAGGGAGCUGUCCUGUCAGGGCCGACCGCAGAUUCAGUUUCGUCGCGCGUCAAGGCUGCAUGAGGCCUGAGCUAGGAGGAGGUGUUGGAUGGGCAGUGGGGAAGGUGGAUUUGAUUUGUCUUGCGCUGGGGGCCGCGCGGUUGCUCGAUACUAGCACGAAGUCAUGGGCACGCCACAGGACCAGCCGGUGCGGCGGCGCGGGUUGGGCACGGCGCGGCCGCCAGCGACGGCGCGGCCUCACAGGUCGCCAGGCUGGCAGAGCCGCGGCUGGGAGGAGGUCCGGCGGUCUGUGAGCGGGCGCCAUCGAAAUAAGAUAUACCUCGUCAGAUUGCAGGUGGAGGUGGAGGUUCGGCAGUUGGCCCGAUGGGCCGGGAGCCGGGGCCGCGCGGCAAUUUCGCGCGGUCCGGCUCGGCAGGCAGAGGAGGUCGGGCUGUGCCGCGUUUGGGGCCAGGGAGGCGGCGGCGGCGCUGCAACCCCCCGGGCUGAAGGGGGCAUGUGGUUGCAGCGCCGCACAUGUACAAUAAGGUGUUGAGCCUCAGGCGUGUGUCUUUGUUGGCGCUCUGUGUACAAGUCAGGUGCUUGCUUGGUGAGGGGGCAGGGCCCUGCGUGGCGGGAAAGACCGGCGCGUGUGUAUGUUUUAGGCAUGCGGCACGGCUGUGCGGCCGAGUCCAUAAAGUGCUGAAUGAUUCUUACUGCAACCAGAGAGAUGUAGAUGCAUGCGAAGAAUUGUAUUGCAGCACAGGAAGAAGAAGCAGGCCGGCAAUUGCGGGGCGGUGCGGUGGUCGAGUUCAGGCCCGUGUUUACUGUGGUCGGGUAGCGAAGAACAACAUUACGUACACGUACGCGGGUGAUGUGUGAUGAUGGUGAUGACGAAUGGUAAUUGCGAUUGUUGCUGGUGGUCGCUGGCUGGUAGCAGGGUGCCGGUGGUGGCAGGACAGGCCGUUGGCUGGUAAUUGUGAGACGGCGGCGAUACGAGCUGUCAGACAGCAUAGGCCCCCCGGACGGAUUGGAAGACAGUGGGAGGCUUGCGACAGGGAGGGCCGGGUGCUGUGUAACAAGUGAGGAGUGCGCGAGGACUGGCUCGACAAGAGCCAACCACAACUUGCACUCCGAAACAAUCG